CGCCGGCGCGAGGCCCCGCCCCCCCCUCCCGUCCCCGGCGGAAGGAGCCGCAGCGAAGCGGCCACGGCCCGACGGGACCCGGAGCGGCGCCCCCGGCCCGGGGAACCCUCGCACCGCCGAGAUGUCGGAAGACCUUGCCAAGCAGUUGGCCAGCUACAAAGCUCAGCUCCAGCAAGUCGAGGCUGCCUUAUCUGGGAAUGCCGACAAUGAGGAUUUGCUGAAACUGAAGAAGGACUUACAGGAAGUCAUAGAGUUAACCAAAGAUCUCCUUUCAACACAACCUUCGGAAACUCUUGCAAGUUCUGACAGUUCUGCUUCUGCCCUGCCCAGCCACUCAUGGAAGGUUGGGGACAGGUGUAUGGCCAUAUGGAGUGAGGAUGGACAGUGUUAUGAAGCUGAGAUUGAAGAAAUAGAUGAGGAGAAUGGAACAGCUGCAGUCACAUUUGCUGGAUAUGGCAAUGCUGAAGUUACACCUCUGUUCAACCUCAAGCCUGUGGAAGAGGGAAGAAAAGCAAAAGAGGACAGUGGCAACAAACCCAUGUCCAAAAAAGAGAUGAUAGCCCAGCAACGAGAGUAUAAAAAGAAGAAAGCUUUGAAAAAAGCUCAGAGAAUUAAAGAACUUGAACAGGAACGGGAGGACCAGAAAGUCAAGUGGCAACAGUUUAACAACAGAGCCUAUUCUAAAAACAAAAAAGGCCAGGUAAAGAGGAGUAUUUUUGCUUCCCCUGAGAGUGUAACUGGCAAAGUUGGAGUUGGAACAUGUGGAAUUGCAGACAAACCCAUGACACAGUAUCAAGAUACCUCUAAAUAUAAUGUCAGGCAUUUGAUGCCUCAGUAACAGGUGAAAAAGGUGGAACUUCAUCUCUGCAGGGCUUUACACUUAUCUUUUUAUCAUUAUAUUUUUCUAAAAGUAAAUUAUUUGUUGGCACAUAGUGAGUAGUCCAUUCUGUCACCAUCACUUUGGCUUCAGCUUAUGAGCCUUAAAUCUCCAGCUAUUGAUUUGACCCCCCCCCAACCAUUAAACCUUUUGUAGCAGGUAAACACUUUCAUUAACUGCUCUUGCCUGUUACUCUCAAAGCAGUAUUUGUCUGCAGCUUUGAUCUCUGGAAUCUUUCAUUCAUUCCAGUAGUGAAGGAUUUUUUUUUCCCCUUUAAGAAAAGUGAUGGUAUAACAAUGGCACCUUAACAGCCUCCCUGGUCUCUGUAGUCAUGGUGCUGUCUGUGACACGCUCAGCAUUACAGAGCUGCUGCAGCUCUGGGAGAGAGCUUGUAUGUCACAUGGAAUUGCUAAGGAAGUUCAAAUACCUCCCUUACAAAUCCACUGAAGAUCGGUUUGUGCCGCUGUAAAUGAGGGCAGAACAGGGCUGAUAGGAUCUUUAUUACUAAUGAUGACUUACGUGCUAGAAACAAUUUAAUUUAAUUCCAGUCUGAAUUUCCUGUGCUUGAAGUAAAGCAGAGGAGAUGCUGUUUCUUGUUGGUUGGGGUUUUUUUUGUUCAUUUUUUAAAUACUCAUCAAAUUUUAAUAGGAAGUUAGUGAAAUGUAACCAGAAAACCAUAGGACAAGGAACUGUACUUAAAAAUCCUCCCCCUCUCCAAGGAUCAGAGUUGGAGACUGGAACCAGCUGUUGCUUGGAAAGGAGCUGUCCUCUCCCCUCCUGUAGAUCUUGUAGGUUUGAUGGUACAGUCACAGACCUGGGACAUAACAGUGACAGCCUGUGCCUGGGCCUCUUCCAUGCAGUCAAGGAGACCUGUGGCACAGCAGAUAGGAAUGCCUAGAUCCCACUUAAUUAGUUGUGAGUGAGUAAAGGUUAGUCUGGAGUUUCUGUCCUUAAAUAACUGACUGGCCCUAGUGUCCAUUGUAACUUCAGCUGUAUUACAGUGCUGCUGAGCCCCUUCAAUCUUAUCCAGGAAUCCACGUGUAAAAGCUCUUGCUUUCUUGUAUUCUCUCUGUGAUUUGCUUUCCUCUGUUACUUGUCUUGCACUUACGGUAGUGGUGCCACCUCUGAACCCGUAACGUGUUUAAAGAACUUAAUGGGUAGCCCUGUAUACAAUGUAGAUAUUAUUUUUGUAAAAUCUAGGGCUGAGUUAAUGGACAAGAGUACAUCAGCUAUUUCCCCCAUUAAAUACAAGGUGUGUCUUGUCCAUUGAUUCGGACCAUUAUUUCCCUGUAUAUUAUGUUAAUGUAGCUCAUUUUGUAAUUUGUUAACUAGAUCAGGUCACGUCAGCAAUUGUUGAUGCACUGAUUGGUGGAAAUGUCCAUCAGUUACCUGAGUCACAACUCAAGCUAAACUCUACAACUGGUAGUUUAGAAUCCAUACAUAGAAAAAGGCUCUCCCUAUAAUGGGAGAGGGUGAUUUUUAUGAAUACAAAGUGUGUUAAUUUCAGUUUUGUAUGUUUAACUUUUAUUAAAUAAAGUGUUUAAAAUCUGCUGGA